CUUUCGCUUCGCUGGAGGAUCUCGGGUGGUGGAGAAGUGAUUAAGUGGAAAAUCGGCGAUAAAAUUUGUUUAUUACCAAACCUACCACCAGUCUUUUGAAGCAAGUGUUGACGAUCGGAAACAGUUCGAACAUUUUUUGUGCUCGUUACUUAUUUCUGGGGAACAUUGUGCUCGGUUUGCGUAAGGGUGAAUCGACUGCCUUUCAUUUCAAUUUUUCUUCUUUUUUACAAAAGUUUGCUCUCAUAAGUUUUACUUGAAGUUCAUAAAAAUUUAUUUCAUACUCACAAAUCUGAAAUAGUUAAAAACUUCAACAGAAAAAAGAAGGACAAGGAAUUUCAAAGGAUUUUCAAAUUUCUAGGAAUUCAAGGACAAGGACAUUUCUAUCUCCAGUGUUUCACCUUACUUUUCUUAAAUAAGUAAAUGGACAUAGUGUAUUUUAAAGUUGUACUCUUUAUCACGACUGCUAUUCGUGUACCCAGCUCAUAAUCACACGCUGAAAACUGUUUGCUACCUACGCUUCUGAAAUUAAGUGACACAUUUCUUUCACAUUACAUUACUUUUCUGUGCGUUUUUUCUCGGCAAAAAAGUAAAACGGAGUAUCAGCAGUUGUUUUAAAAUGGCUCAAUAGACUUACAUAACACUCACUGUGUCCUCACGCUGGAAGAUGAAAACUUAUUGGUUUUGAAAUUAUUUUAGCUUUAACCGCGCGCUUUUGUGAUUAAGAUGAAACUAGGGCUAUUCGUUCGCAUUAUGUUGUUUGUGGUUCUAUUCCUGAUGACAAUCUCCAAGCAUGGAAGCCUCCAGGCGGAAAAGCUCAAAUGGGACGCUAAAGCUUUCCUGAACACCGAGGAGCUUAUCAAGUACUGGGGCUACGAAGGCGAGACGCACUACGUGACGACUGAAGAUGGCUAUAUUUUAAGCGUUCAUCGUAUUGCCAACAAAACAUCCAAGUACCCACCGGUGUUCUUGCAACAUGGACUCUUGACAGCUUCCGAUUUAUGGGUCAUACGGGGACCCAAGGAGGACCUGGCAUUUAUGUUAGCUGACCUUGGAUAUGACGUAUGGAUGAGCAAUGCCAGAGGGACCACGUACUCUAAAAAUCACACCACUUUGUCUCCGAAACAACCCAAAUUUUGGGAGCACAGCUACCAUGAGAUGGGGAAGUACGACCUGCCGGCGGUGAUCGACCACGUUUUGAACGAGACGGGAAGGCCGCAGCUUUUCUACAUUGGUCACUCCAUGGGCACCCUCAUGUUCUACGUGAUGGCCGCCUCCAGACCAGAGUACAACUCUAAGAUUAUCGUCAGCUUCAGCCUGGCCCCGAUAUGCUUCAUGUCUCACCUCGUGGCCAAACCCUUCGCUAAAAUGAUCGCCGACAGCACUCCAGCGUGGGACUCGUUAAUUGGUAACACGGGCUUCCUGGAGGUUUUUCCGAGAAACCGGAAAAUGAGUGAAGCUUUUUACAAAUUGAUGAAGGAUCCGGAGAGGCACGAUAUCCUUUGGCUGGCUCUGUUCAACCUGGUCGGCACGGACUGGACGCUCCUUGAUCAGGCCGAGAUGCCAACAGUCCUCAGUCACCUCCCAAGCGGUACAUCUUUUCAAACCAUACAAGCUCUUUCACAGCAACUAUACCACCCAGACGAAUUCCGGGCCUACGACUACGGACCGAAGGAAAACUUGAUUAAAUACGGUACCGAGGAAGUGCCACACUACAACCUCAGUGCCAUAACCUGCAAAAUGUCACUUCACUACGCAUACAAUGAUUUCCUUUCACAUCCUAAGGACGUAAAAAGGCUAGCGUCCAUGCUUCCUGAUGUCCGGAUGGUGCCGGUAAAGUACAAACAGUUCAACCACGUCGACUUUGUCUGGGGCAAAAACUGUCGGAAAAUGUUCGGGGAGGACAUAAUACAGACUAUACAGUAUUAUUCGACCCCAGAAUCCAAAAAGAGGCCAUCUCGAGCGCCCAAGAGACCAUCAAGAACGCCUAAGAGACCAUCGAGCACGCUUAAGAGGCCGCCUCGCGUGCAGAAGACAAAAGCACCGAGCUGAUUGGACGAGUUUGUUUAUUUUUUAUUUAUUCUUAAGAUAUGUUUUAAAUUAAGAUUCUUGGUUCCUUAUUGUAAAUAUGUAUUUAGAUCAUCAGAUCACUAAAAUGUACAGUAAAGAAUAAAACAGUCAAGCUGCAGACUCA